CCUAUCACAUAUGCGACCACCAAACAGGCACACCUGCAGGUAUCAAGGCGCUGGGUUCGAGCCUGGCUAUCCCAAUGUGCUGGUGUGCCUUAGCAUUGUGCUACAAGAGGCAGUGGUCACCAUCCUACCAGUUGUAGGGUAUAACCAACCAAGUCGAGGUCAUUCGCCAUGCAGGGGUUUAACAUGGGCCGGUAUCGGCCCUACGACUCAGAUCCCCGCAAAGAGUCUUUUAAUUCGCUUGUCGGCAAGCACCCGCUUGGCGACAGAGCGCGCAAGCUCGAUCAAGGCAUCCUCAUUGUCCGCUUCGAACUCCCAUUCAACGUCUGGUGUGACGGAUGCAAGAACCACAUCGGGCAGGGCGUCCGAUACAAUGCGGAAAAGAAGAAGGUUGGAAGCUAUCUCAGCACACCAAUUUGGAGCUUCAGGUGCAAAUGCCAUCUCUGCUCCAACUGGUUCGAAGUUCGGACCGAUCCUCAGAACACGCGCUAUGUCGUCGAAAGCGGGGCAAGGCAACAGAAUCAAGAGUGGGAUGCGGAUGCUAAUGGGAGCUUCAGCAUAGAACUCGGCGAUGCAGGCCCAUCAAGCUCUAAAGCAGAAGCACCGAAAGAUCCCUUCGCGGCGCUUGAGAAAGCGAAUAAGGACAAGACACAAGCCAAGACUUCGGCCGACCGUAUCGCGGAGCUGGAAGAAUUCAGCGAGUCACGCUGGUCGGAUCCGUACACGCUCAAUUCAACACUGCGGAGACAAUUGCGAAAGGAGAAAAGAGCGCUCAUCAGAGAGGGAGAGGCCGACGAUGCCGUUCGGAAACGUAUCGGGUGGACAAACGACUUCCCAUUGGCAAAAGAAGAUGAAGGUACCCGAGACCAGGCGAUGCAGGCCUGGCGGCAGGAGAAGGGCAAGCAGCGGGAAGAGAACGCAAAGUUUAAAUUUGACCGAGACAAACUAUCUUUAGGGCUUGCAACCCCGCGCAACACCGUCCCUCGAUGUGGUGAACGUGCGCGUCCGUCAUCUUCUUUAUCUGCAUCGGCGAUAGCCGUGCGCGGUCCUUCGAAACCGACUCAUAAACGCAGUGCAACUGGCUCGCCCGCUCAACAACUAGCGGCGAAAUUGGCCUCAAAUACGCGAAGACGGAGAGACCCUUUCCUGCAGGUGGUUCGCGAUUCUGUCUCUCGUAAAUGAAACACUGUAUCAUAUCACUGUAGCGUAGCGAGAUAUCUUU